CGUUGUGCAACUUCACUCAUUCCCUGCUCGCCGCCGUCGCCAACGAUGGCCACCACCCUCCUUCGACGUCAGCUUGCGGCGUCAGCUUCGGCGUCUCGGCUCGCUAGUCGAUGCUUUUCAACUUCCUCGUCGUUGCGUCAGGAGACCGUGAAGGACCCGAAUCUUGCCCCAUACACAAGAGCGACGAAGCACGCGCUCGAUACCCAUGUCGUCGAAGACUUGCAGGGAAGGAGUGCUCAGGAUAUUUUGGCGGAGACUGGUGCUCGGAAAGAGUCGACGAUGAGACACUUUACAGUCAACUUUGGUCCACAGCAUCCCGCUGCUCACGGUGUGCUACGGCUAAUCCUCGAGCUGAACGGAGAGGAGAUCCUUCGUGCAGACCCACACGUCGGUCUUUUGCACAGAGGGACGGAGAAGUUGAUUGAGUACAAAACAUACACCCAAGCUCUGCCAUACUUUGACCGUUUGGACUACGUCUCCAUGAUGACGAACGAGCUCUGCUACUCGCUGGCUGUGGAGAAGCUUUUGAAUAUCGAAGUUCCAGAGCGGGCAAAAUGGAUUCGCACACUCUUUGGUGAAAUUACUCGUAUUCUCAACCACUUGAUGGCCGUUCUCACACACGCCAUGGAUGUGGGAGCACUCACACCUUUCCUCUGGGGUUUCGAGGAGCGCGAGAAGCUCAUGGAAUUCUACGAGCGCGUCUCCGGUGCCCGCCUUCACGCCGCUUACGUCCGACCUGGUGGUGUCGCCUUUGACCUCCCCCACGGCCUACUCAACGACAUUUACCAGUGGGCUACUCAAUUUAGCUCCCGUGUGGACGAAAUCGAGGAGGUCGUCACUGGAAACAGAAUUUGGAAGCAGAGAACGAUCGGUAUUGGGCCGGUCACCGCUCAGGAGGCUUUGGAUUACAGCUUUUCCGGAGUCAUGUUGCGUGGAAGUGGUGUGAAGUGGGACUUGAGGAAGAUUGCACCCUACGACAAGUAUGAUGAGGUUGAGUUUGACGUUCCGAUCGGUAAGAACGGUGACUGUUAUGACCGGUAUUUGUGCCGUGUCCAGGAGUUCCGCGAGUCGCUCCGAAUCAUCGACCAGUGUCUGAACAAGAUCACCACCGGGCCCGUCAAGGUCGACGACCACAAGCUCGUACCACCACCGCGUGCCUCAAUGAAAGAGAGCAUGGAGUCCCUUAUUCAUCACUUCAAGCUCUUCAGUGAGGGUUACUCGGUUCCUCCUGGUGAGACCUACUCUGCCAUCGAGGCACCCAAGGGCGAAAUGGGUGUCUAUCUCGUUUCGGAUGGCACGAAUCGCCCAUACAGGUGCAAGAUCCGUGCGCCGGGUUUCGCCCACCUCGCAGGUGCUGACUUCAUGAUGAGACAGCAUUAUAUCGCCGACGUCGUGGCUAUCAUUGGUACCAUGGAUCUUGUGUUCGGUGAGGUUGACCGGUAGACGUUGUAGUGAUCCUUCCAAGGCGAGUUGUGGUGUAGUCCUGCCGACCCCGAUACAUGUCCGCUCGAUAGCUGCAAUAAUUAGUCUAAUCUUUCUAUUCUUGACUAUCCGGCGUUGUACUCGACAUCCUAUUGCUGACCAACCACGAUUGUGAUGUUAAACGAUCUCAAGGGGAUCCUUGUCUUCCUUGCUGACGUGGACGAGGAGCUGUUCUGCGACAGCGUCCUCUUCGCCCUGAGCUGCGCGGAAUUGUUCCUGGAGCUCAAAGGCGAGGACGGGAAGGUAGCCUCGUUCGGUGUUCGAGUGGCCGCAGAGAAUGACGUUGUGGCCGGAGGCAACAGCCUCAAGAACAUAGUGGUGACCCAUUUCGCCUGUGAAGUAGACGUCUGCAUCGACACCCAUCAGGACGGACUCGCCUGAACCAGCACAAAUUGCUAUGGACUGAAUCUCUUUGGUCGGAGCAGCAGGGUCAAGUGCCACUUGUAUAUGCUUGAGCCCCAGAUGUUUUUUGACUCUCUCCUGUAAUACGCUCAUGCUUAUCUUCUCGUCCAAUCUCACGAUCCUACCCACGCCUCCCUGUUUUUGUCCACCUGCACCGGUCUUCUCAUCCCCCAAGAUUUCUACCUUGCCAGAUCCUGAGCCUAGGAGGCCUUCCGCAAGCCAGUCAGUUAUCCCACCUUGCACGGCAUCGAGGGAGGUGUGAGGGCUGUAGACGGAUAUGCCUGCAGCGGCGCAGCGGAGGAGGGAGGCUUGAAGCGGUUUGUUGAGGGUGAGGGAGGAUAGGGGCUUAAAGAUAGUGGGGUGAUAUGCGAUUAUGCAGGUUGCAGGAAGGGCAAGGGCUUCGUUGAGCACUUUUGUGGUAAGAUCGAUGGUGAGAAGGAUGUUGUG